AUGGCCGCCCCCGGCGAUGCAAAAGGGUUCAAGCAGGACAUGGUGGUGUCGAUACGAUAUCGAAAUGACCUGCCUCCACCACCAAUGCCCCCCAAGCUCCUUGACAUCGACACCGGCGGUUUGGCGCAAUACCUGACGACGAGCUAUGCGUCUGGAUUGGCGAAGCGUGAAGAGCCGAACAUCGAAGUGGAUGCGGAGGGAGGAAUGCCCAUCGACAUGAUCGGUGUACCUGGAUACUUUCUCGGCGACGAGAGCGCGAUCAUGGCCCCUGAGGUGCAACCGGUGCUCGACCCAGCGGACCACGCCCUCAUGAUGACUGUGGAGCAAUUGAAGAGUCAGGGUGCUAAGAGCAACGUCUCAUUCUUGCGCAAAACACAGUACAUGACAUCGACGCAGAUGGCGCGGGCAACCACCGACCCAUUCGUGCGAGCGACCCCGAAAGCGCGAAAGAUAUCGGAAACCAACAAAAUGGUCCCUCCGCCUGUGUCUCGCGACGACCCGGAAAACAUCAAGAGACACAUCCAGAAAGGCUUCGACCUUGCUUAUCCAGACAGUGUCCCCUUCAAUCCUCCCGAAGCUAGAGCGAACCCAAUCACUCCGCAAGAGCGCGAUGCUUGGAGAAACCCCGUGCACCCUGACAACCCACGGCUCCAACCGGUCGAGUUCUAUCCCGUUCUCCCAGACCUUGACGCAGUCACUGACAUGGCUGGGAACUGGCAAGCGCUGAAAUUCGAAAAGCCGCCUCUGCCGCCGCACCACGGCAGAAGAGAUGAACGCAUCGACGUGGGUCUGAUGAUGGCGUCGGAAAAUGCGGCCGAGAUGGCCCGAUACCAAGCCAAGAAAAAGGCGUUUGAAGAGCAUCCUCAACUGUAUGAAGACCCUGGUCCCGAGCCUUACGUCUGGUCGCUCCUGGUGCCCAAGCAAGUCGACUCGGUUCCGCGGCUCCGCAAGAUCUUCAACGAUUCAGACCCUCACAAAGACGACCCGGCGUUGUACGCUCCACUGCUCGAGGAAUCUGCCGACGGAUCUCAACGCCUGCCCUUCGAGCGGGUCCGUGUCUACCAAUCCGCCACGCAGAUCGCCGUCGACCCGCGCCGCGUCAUGGGUCUUUCGCUCGUCGACGCCGACAAGCUGCCUGCCGAAUCUCGGUUCCGCAAACAAGGCUCCGCCGCCUACUUCUACCCGAUCCUCGAGCGCGUGCGUAUGAAGGCCGACCGAGGCAACCUCAGCAAAGGCCAGCAGGUUCGCAACGGCCCCGCCGCCGAGGACGAUGCCGCCGCCAACAUUCCCGAUCAAUUGAUGGUGCUGUUCCGAGACGCUGCCGCCACCGAGAAGCAGUCCCGCUUCCAGUUCCGCGGCGAGUACGACGAUGCUUUUGCCGACGAGUUCCAGGAGAUCAUGCGCGCCGCCGAGGCGGAGCAGGAGGAGCAGCGCGCGCAGGAGAUCUUGGAGGAGCAGGGUGAGCUGCACCAGGGCGCGCAGGAUGUUUCUAUGCAAGAGGUCGCGGAUGGCGAGGAGGCCGAUGUGGCUAUGAACGGAGCGGCACAUAAGGAUCGAGACGAGGAUCAAAAUACACCGCCGGUCGAUGGCAACAAUGGCAACGAUGUCCGAGGCGAGGCGGAGCACGAUCAAGAAGAUGAUGAUGAUGGGAUGCGAGACGAUUAG